CUGUUCACAAGACAAACUCAAGAGGACCAAACAUGACAGCAGUCCGACUUGCUUUAGUGCUGCUUCUCUGCCUCACUCAUUCACAACCAGGUAAAUGUGGAGUAACAUAUAUUGUGCAUUCAAAGGAAAGAGAUGUGAAACUGCCAUGUAAAAAUGUAAUUGCUGAAAACUGCUCUACAACUACAUGGCUCUACCGUGCCCCUGGAUCGGGAGAUAUGGUUGAAGUGGUCAGCCAUGGGAGCAUCAGGUCUGAAAACACAAACAGAGAAGACAAACUGAAGCUAAAGCCCGACUGUUCUCUGAAAAUCAUUAACGUCACCUCUAAGGAUGCAGGAAAGUAUACCUGUCGACAGUUCUUGACAUCAAAUGGAGAUCAAAUUGGAGAAGAUGCUAUUGUUUAUCUUUCUGUACUCACAGUCUCCUCCUCAGUUCCAGCAUCACAGAUGAAGGCUGACACCAGUGUGACCUUCAUCUGCCAUUUGACCAUCCAUAACCCAAGAAGGAAUAAAAAGGGUGACACAAAGCUAAUGUGGACUGGCUUUGACCAACAUCAGGUCAAGGAUGUGAAUCCAUAUAAUAUAUCAUUCACACGAACAUUGACAAAAGAGGACAACAAUAGGAAGCUGCAGUGUAAAGUGGAAUGGAAGGGAGAGCUCAAAGCCACUGUGGACUACACCAUCAACCUACAAGGUCAAGAUGGCUCUCACCUUGUCGGCUUGAUACGUCUUGUGAUUGGGACUGUAGCUGUGGCUCUGUGUGCAUUUCUAGUAUUUGUCUGGAGAAGAAAAGCAAAAGAAACCAACUGAAGAUGACAGGAAAACAUCAAAACAUCAACAGGUUCUAGUGAAAAGUGAGAAAUAAAAAAAGUAAAAUUUUCUGGGCAAAUUGCAUUAAUAAAUGUUUGUUUGUGUGUCCAAGUGACAAUUGCAUGGACAUCUGUGCUCAUGUGUUUAUAAAAACACAUUUUAAUAUUUUUGGCUGACUAGUGCUGUCGUCAUUCAAAGCUGGGGAGCCUGAUUGACAGCUCUCUUGCCCAAUCUCCUCCGGUUUCGAAUAUCUCGUCGCAGAAAGGCACGUGGGGUAGCUACCAUUGUAACCAGAAGGAUCUUACGAAAAUGACCAUAUAUGGUAUAUGACGGUAUCUAGAACGGUGACAGAACUACAAGCUGUUUUACUACCUGAUUUCAAUUUGCGAUAUUCCAUUACUAUGGGACCUUACGGACAUGUGAAGACCCAGCAUGCUAUUUUUGACGGGCUGUACAUUACGUGUCCCAGUUCUUUUGUCCAAUCAGCGACGAUUAAUGUGGCCCGAGGGUACCUACCUCUUCAGUUGUGUUGUCUCUUUUUGUGUUGUGUUGUGUGAUUUGC